CCUCCCGCUCACCUACCGAGCGCUGCCCGCUGCCAUGCGGCUUGCGCCGGCCCCUUGCUCCGCCACCUCCGCCGACUGUUGGCCGCUGCUCCGGGCGUCCCGCGUUCUUCUGCAGUCGGCGGAGACUUGCUUGGAUGUGCCUCCUGAACAAAGGCAGGGAUUCGUAUGUGUCAUGCGCAUCACUGCCCCUAACGGGCUGUUUUUUUUUGGGGGGGGGGGGGUUUGUGUUCCCAAGCCACAGAAACCCACGGCAGUGUUGAGGCGCCUGCGGUUAUGCGGUCAGGAAUUCGGACACUGAUCCACACCGGAGAGGCCUAGGUUGCCGGCCUUGGAGACGAGGAUGAAACAGCCUGUACCUGGACAGCGGGGCUGGACCAGCCCGUGGUGACCCUUCCAUGUCUCCAGGGACAGCGGUCUGCACCUCCUCACAGCUCAUUUUCUGCCCCUCAAGUUGUGCAGUGGAACACACAGUAGCCACAGGCCACAGGACUUCUUGCACCUGAGACUGCUGUGAUUUCAUUACAUUUGGAGCAAAAAUGCCUGGGAAAGGGCUCCUAAAUGCAGCUGUCAUCCCAAGUGCCAAAAGAGAAUGGAAGGCAAUUACCCUCGACACCAAAUUAGAAGUUUUAAGAUGAUUUGAAGUGGGUGAAAAGCUCAGCCAAAUUGCAAAGGCCUUGGGCCUCGCUGUCUCUACAGUGGCUACAAUCCGAGAUAAUAAAGAAAAAAUCAAAGCAAGUUCACAAAUAGCUACGUCCUUGAGAGCCUCUCAGUUGACUCACCAUCAAAGUGCAGUGAUGGAAAACAUGGAGCAAUUUUUGAGUUUGUGGCUCGAAGACCAGAGCCAGCGGAACGUGCUCCUGAGUAUCACCAUCAUCCAGGAGAAGGCUAAGAGUUUGUUUGAUGACUUACAGCAUGAGCAAGCCGAAAGUUCUCAGACAGAAAGGUUCAGUGCAAGUAAAGGCUGGUUUGUGAGAUUCAAGGAGCACCACUGUUUGCCCCAUUUCAAGAUGAACAGACACAAUACGGGCAUAUAUCCAGGAGUGCUGAGAUGUAUCAUCAAAGAAGGUGAGUACACCCCACAGCAAGUUUUUAACCACAGAUGAGACAGGGCUUUAUUGGAAGAGAAUACCUGAAGGAAUGUUUAUUUCUGUGGAGGAGAGAGCUGGGCCAGGGUUCAAAUCAUCCGAAGAUCGCUUAAUGCUGCUUCUUGGUGGCAACACUGCUGGGGACUGUAAGUUGAGUCCCUUAUUGGUGUACCACUCGGAAAACCCCAAGGCUCUGAAUGGUUUUGGUGCUCAAAGAAAAAGGCUUGGGCAACCAGGAGCAUCUUCCAUGAAUGAGUCACAUACUUUUUUGCCCUGCUGUUGAAAAAUUCUGUGCCCAAAAUAAGCUCACCAACAAAGCAUUGCUCAUCCUAGACAAGGCACCAUGCCACCCAGUCAAUCUGAGUGAUCUGUCUGAUAAGAGUAGAAUAUCUCCACGAUGGCACCACAGACUCAGUCCAGCCCAUGGGUCAAGGUGGCCUCCUUUUAAAGCUGAUUACCUGAAAAGGACUUCUGAGCACAUGCUGGAAGCCACAGGUGGGGAGGAUGAGGCUGCCAUCAGGGGUUUUGGAGAAACUACAUCAUGGAUGCUGUGGACAUCACAGUGGCUUGGGACGAGCUCAAGCCACUGACGAGGAACAGUGUGUGGAAGAAGAUUUCGCUUGAGUGUGUUUAGUUCCAGAGUUUUUCCCACACAGAAAACCUGGCAGAGCUUCAACAAAACACUGUGGCCCUUGCCAAGAAUGUGACCUUUUGAAGCAGCUGUAGAAGCUGACGUAGACCAGUUGCUGCAGUCCCAUGAAGGAGACCUUUCAAAUGAGGAACCGAUGCACCUGGGACAGGAGUGGGCAGCAGGAGAAGAGAGUGGGGGUGCUCCGCCUGCCCUGCGUCACCUGACCACCGAAGAAUUGUUGGUGGCCUUUUAACAUUUUGAGGCUGGCUUGCACAUCCUUACCAGCAACAACCCUAAUGAUGAGUGGAAACAUAAGUUUUCAAGAGCAAUCGAUGAUGCAAUAAAGUGCUACAGGGAAUUGUACAAUGAAAAAAAAAGUGGCAUUCAAAGCAUCUAUCUUAGGUUUUUUCCCCCCAGUGUGUGUAACUGAAAGUCUUCAAAAUAAAACCAGAACCAGCAAGAUGACAACUUCAGCCAGUGAGUCUCAGCCAAAACUCUGCCCUCAUGGAAACCCUGUUUCUGGUACUUUCAUUUUGACACUUGAGACUAUUAAAUUUUGUCAUUGAAAUUUUAUUUAUGUAUGGGCAAGAAUAGCCAGGAAAAUACUUUAAAAGGAAAAGUUACAAAGGGGGACUUUCAGACAUUGAAAUACUAUAAUGCCUCCAUAUUUAAGCAGUGUAGACCUGACACAUGAGUAGUCAGACCUGUAGAAUACAAUAGAAUACUCAUAAAUACACCCAAGUUUGGAUGGUAAAGUUGACUUUAAAUUACUGGGCAAGGAUGGACUUUAAAAAAAAAAAUGGCACAGGGGGAGAUUGUGGGAAAAUGGCAGAGUAGGAAGUUGCAAGAAUCAGUCCCUACAC